CUGCUCGCAACCUCAAUGUGGUAUAAAAGCGAGGCACCAGCUGCACUGUGCAGUUAUCUGACAAACUUUGAUGUCUUAUUAUUAGACGAAUAGUAGCCACACGCGUUUCACCUGGGGAAAAUCAAUGCUCACAAUUCGCAUUCGAUAGUAAAGAGGCUACUGUAAUAAUUAGGAUUAUCAUAAUGGAGAAUGUAAGGACUUUCCUUCACUUCGGAGUUUUACUCUCAUCGCUACUAUUCACAAUUGGAGCAGCUGGUAAGUUUGACCGUUUGCAUUCCACAUGAUCAUCAGAUACACAAUUACUCAGCCCUGAGGCUCAGUGGAAAUUUGUUGAAAUAUGUGCAUAUCUGUAGGCUAUAGAUCCUAUUUAAUCUAUAGGCUAAAGGCCUCCUUCGUGGAUGAUAUCUUGAUCUUUUCUGCUUUAUCAAUAUACUGUAGCAAGUCUAUGUUUUGCAGAACAGAUAACUAAUCAUGGCUUUAUCGUCCUGGGUUACAGAUGAGGAUUAUUUCCUUAAGGCAAUGGAUGUUCAGUGGGUGUCCAAUAACUUCAAGACUAUUCUAACAUGGGGCCCUGAGCCUACCAACUACACAUACACUGUUGAAUUUUAUAGGUAAGUAUCCUACAUCAUGUCUCUGCAGUCUCAGUCUGCACUAUUCAUCAUUAUAUCACUAUUGCUACAAAACAACCAAAAACAUCCGGUCAGCACAAACACAUUGACCACUUUCUGGGUGAAUACUUUACUCUAUGUCAACAGAAUGCCAAUUUAAAACUGAGUGUACAACCUACAGUGCUCUCCGUAGUUAUUGGGACAUGAAGCAUUUCUUCUGAUUUGAAAUCAAACAAUUGCUAUGAGGUUAAAGUAUAGAUUCUCAGCUUUUAUUUGAGAGUAUUUGUGUACAUAUUGGUUCCACUCAUUAGAAACGACAACAGUCUUUAUACAUAGCAAGCAAUGACUGCGUCAAGCUUGUGACUACACAUUUGUUGGCUGCAUUUGCUGUUGGUUUUGGCUGAAUUGCCCAAUAGAAAUGAAUGGUAAAUAAUACAUAAUUUACCAUUCAUUUCUAUUGGACACAAAAUAAUCUGAAACACAAUCAAAACAAACAGCAAAUGCAUCCAACAAAUGUGUAGAGUCACAGGCUUGACGCAGUCAUUGCAUGCUAUGAAUAUGGGACCAAAUACUUAACUUUUUACUACUUUAGUACACAUAUAAGUGAAUUUGUUCCAAUACUUUGGUCCCCUAAAAUGGGGGGUCUAUGUAUAAAAAGUGUUGUCAUUUCUAAAUGGUGAACCUCCAUAGUAAUUGUUUGAUUUCAAAUCUAAACCUUUGGAGUAUAGAGCCAAAAGAAUGAAAAAAUGCUUCACUGUCCCAAUAAUUACGGAGGCCACUGUAUACCUAAUAUACAACUACACACUAGCACUUAAUUCAUUUGAAGUGAAUGACAGAAAGGCAAAUCAAGGACUCUGACUGAUAGACUGUUGUUUGUUCAGUGUUGGUAAGGACAGACAUAGGAACCCCCACUGCAUCCGGAGCUCGGGGACAGAGUGUGACCUCACCAACGAGCUGCGGAACCUGCAGGAGACCUACUCUGCCGACGUCCUAUCAGAACCCCUACCCGGCAUUACCUCUGACCUUGUGGAGUUCCCCUACACCCGGGCCAAGAGGUUCAGCCCUUACAAAGACAGUGAGUGUUAUCACAUUAUUAUUCUGCCCUAAAUUGCAUUAAGUCAUAUAGUAACAUUUUUCUGGGUCAUUCAUUAUUUACAUUGUUAUUGUGUUGUACAAUAAUUACAUUCAUGCAUUAUUAUUAUAUUAGAAAGGUUCAUUUCACUGGGUAUUUUUUAAAAUUAAAUACUUCAUUGCUGUGUUUGUAAAGGUAUUCAAAAAUGAAAUGAAGGCUAUGGUGCCUAACUUACAUCCCCUUCUCUUCUCAGCUCAAAUAGGAGGACCCACUUUCAAGAUUGUGCAGAGCGAAGACAAGACCAAGAUGAUUCUCCACAUCCAGGACCCUCUCACUCCCCUCUACAAAGAUGACCAGCUGUUAACCAUCAGAGACGUCUUCAAGAAUGACCUGAAAUACAGAGUCGUAUACAACAAAGCUGGGAGCACAGGAAAAGUGAGUUGAACAGUCAUAGACAUACAUUCAUUGUAAAUGCUUUUGAGACUAUACCGGUCAGGGGCGGACUGGCCAUAGGGCAGUUCCGGCAAAUAACAUAUGGGCUGGUCCAUUUCUAGCCCCGUGAGCAGGUUUAAAUUUGGGGGUUUGCCCAAAAUUACAAUUAUUUGGCUAAUAAUGGGGGGCCUGUAGGAAACAAAUGGCUGUUGUGGGGGCCUCAAAGGAAGGAAUUGGCCAGUGUGUUAAAAAUACCCAAGCCGAUUUUUGGUCCCAGUCCGUCCCGGAUACCUGUCAAUUCCCUCCAAUGACAACACAAACAGUGUGUGACUUGAAAUAAUACUAAACUGUAAACUCCUGUCCACAGAAAGAGAAGAUGUCAGACCUGAGAAAUGUAGAGCUGACCAAUCUGGAUAAAGGACAGAGCUACUGCUUCAUGGUGGCAGCCUAUAUCCCCUCUCGUCCUGCAAAGAAGAGACUGGGAGAUUGGAGCAAGCCGCAGUGCUCAGCCAGAGAGAGAAAGACCAUCUUUGAGGGUAAGUGACCCUACAAUGCAAAGCACAAGUUAAGGAUGAGGUGGGGUGAAGGGAAUUGAAGAAGGGUGAAAUUCAGUGGAUUCAAUGAAAUGUGUAGUGGAUUGAGUAACUACAACAAAUCUUGUUGAUAAAGAUCAAAUGUGGGCAAGUUAGAAUAGCCAUUUUUACUGUAGGCUACAAUGCUUAGCAACUUCAAGAACUUCAAUUAAAUGAUCAUGUUAAAUUGAGAAUUCUUUAUUUCUUCAGAAUUCAGCUUUGGUGUGAUCACAGCUGCCAUUGGCAUCAUGCUGGCUAUAUUCAUCAUCCUCAUCACUCUCACCGUGGUGUGUUGCAAACGCUGCUGCUGCAAAAAGACCAAAACGGUGGACAAGGAGAACCUGCAUUUGAGUUCAGUGUAAAGGUGUGUGUGAUGAUGGUGCGACUUGACCAACCCUUUCAGAGAGAGGGAGCUGUGCUCCCAAUAAUGUAGCACAAAUGCGUCGAACACUGGAAACUGUGAAAUUAAUCUUGUCUUUUUAAAUGUCAUUAUGAGCUGGUUCUUUUAAUGGGUAGAUAAUUUUUUUGAUUACUUAUUUGUUUUAUACCAAUGUUGAACUAGUAAAUUAAAUGAAUUGUUGAGAAGUACAUGUUAUUUUUGCCACUAUGUAGAUAAGAAACAUUUAAUAUAAUUUAUUUCAAUGUUUUAUAUGUUAAAUGUGUAAUGUUAUGUCUCUAAGAUGUAUUAUCUUAUAUGUUGAUGAUGUGUAGUUCAUGUUGAAUAGGAUUCAUCCAUGUACUGUGCUGUUGGAACAUGGAUUUGGUACUUUUGGAUGAGUGAAGGAAGGUUAGUAGGAAAAUGAUUACUUGUGAUAACUUUUGUGCAUUCUGGUAAUUUUUACAAUUAAAUUCAUAUUUAUACAAUUAAAUUCUAAUUUGUCUUUCAUGUAACAAUAUCCAUGUGAGGGAACUUUGACAUAACAGUGCCAUCUGGUUUGCCUUAAAAUUAUCUAUCAUACUUAAAUCAUGUUUGAAACUGAUAUGAGACAAGAGGAAAGCCUUUUCAUAGAGAUUUUUUGAUUGUAGCUCAAUGCCUGCUUAUCAGCUUAUGACCCAGUAAGCCAGGUGGAAUACUCUGGCAGAGGGGUGACACCACAAUCACAUUGGUAACUUGGCAACACAAUGCCAG